AUGUCCGAAAAGCAAUCCGUGGGAAUUGUUGGGGCCGGCUUGGUUGGUUGUCUUGCCGCGUUGGCAUUUCAAGCCAAAGGCUUUGAUGUUACACUUUUUGAGAUGCGCCCUGAUCCGAGAGCUUCCAGUGAGGCCAAACGAAGCCUAAGAUCCAUCAAUUUGGCAGUAAGUGACCGCGGAAUCCGUGCAUUGAAGUACGUGAACGAAGAAAUGGCUUCUCGUGUGUUGGAGCAUGUGAUUCCAAUGAAAGGUCGUAUGAUUCACGAUCUCAGCGGCACCAAACAGGAGUCCCAGUUGUAUGGUCUCUUUGGCGAAAGCAUCAAUUCCAUCGAUCGUCUAUUUCUUAACAAAUGCUUAUUGAAUGAACUCAAGAAUGUCACGGUUAAGUUCAACUGCAAGUUGGUGAGUGUUGGAAAUGUUCACACUACAGGAGCCAAGGCUUUCUUGGAAUUUUCAACUCUGGAAGAAGGAAUUGCGAAACACGAGUUUGACUUUGUCGUUGGAGCAGACGGUGCCCACUCUCACUUCCGUUAUCAAAUGCAAAAACACAUGCGUAUGGACUACAGCCAGAAGUAUGUGGAUAUGCAAUAUAUGGAGCUCUAUAUUCCUCCAGUGGAAGGUGCAGAUGCUCAAAGCAAGGAAAGAUUUGCAAUUGAUGCCAAUCAUCUUCACAUUUGGCCACGUAAGGACUAUAUGUUGAUUGCUCUAGCUAAUGGAGAUGGUUCCUUCACUUCCACUUUCUUCAGCCCUUGGAAGGUGAUUGAGUCGAUCGGGAGUGAACUGGAGUUCUUGGAAUUCUUUCAGUCGAGUUUCCCAGAUGCCUACAAAUUGAUUGGAGAGGAGGGUUUGAGAUACGCAUUCUCCCAUCAACCAAGAGGCUCAUUGAUGCAGGUGGCAGUGAAUCCGUACACUAGUCCAAAUAACCGUGCCAUUAUAAUUGGAGAUGCUGCACACUCUAUGGUUCCUUUCUACGGUCAGGGCAUGAACUGUGGCUUUGAGGAUGUGCGUGUGUUGAUGGAGCUCAUUGAUAGCAACGAAGGAAGCGCAGAACGUGCGUUUGAGCAAUACACUGGCGCAAGAAAGGGAGAUUUAGAUGCUAUUUGUAAACUUGCUUGGGAUAAUUACUAUGAGAUGUCAACGAAAGUCAUUGAUCCUUUGUACUUGGUCAGAAAGAAGGUGGACUACUUUUUGGGCAAGUAUGCCAAUGGCAUUUUGUUUCCAUGGAUCCCCAUGUAUACGAUGAUUUCUUUUCGUGGAGAUAUCCGAUACUCGGAUGCUGUUCGUCUUGAAAAGAGGCAGACUAAGGUUCUUAAUUGGAUGCAAUAUGUGACGGUAGGUACAUUCGCAGCAGUUGCGAUUGCGAAGGCUAUGCAAGUGUGGCAAAGGCGUUGA